AUGGAUGAUGGGCAGGGAAACAGUGGCGCGAAGAGUGCUCAGGAUGAUAUCCAGAGUAAAUUAGAUAAGAAACUUGGGCCAGAAUAUAUUUCUAAAAGGAUUGGAUUUGGGUCAAGUAGAGUAGCUUACAUUGAAGGAUGGAAGGCUAUCAAUCUAGCAAACCAGAUAUUUGGAUAUAAUGGAUGGUCUACGGAGGUUAAGAAUGUGACUGUGGAUUUUCUUGAUGAAAGACAGGGAAAGUUUUGCAUUGGAUGUACUGCCAUAGUGCGCGUUUCGCUGGCAGAUGGCACGUUCAGAGAGGAUAUUGGAUAUGGGACAGUGGAGAAUGAACGUCGGAAGGCGAGUGCGUUUGAACGUGCUAAAAAGUCAGCAGUCACCGAUGCAUUAAAGAGAUCCCUUAGGGGAUUCGGAAAUGCUCUUGGUAACUGUCUUUAUGAUAAAGAUUUCCUAGCUAAGAUCGAUAAAGUGAAGUUUGAUCCACCAGAUUUCGAUGAAGGGAAUCUCUUCAGACCUGCUGACGAACUUAGUGAAAUAACACGAUCAAACACUAUAUCAGAUUCCCAUACAGAGGGACCGUCGCUGAAGAAGCGUAUUUUAAACCAUGACCCAAAAAAUCAGUCUCAUGUAUCUAUUCAAAAACCAGGAGCACCAGUAGUAUCAUCAACUGCAUCAAUAAAUCAGAACCGCCCAACAGCAUCUGGAACUAUAGAGGCGCCAUUUGCAACAAACUCGACAACGGCGGUUGCCCCUGUGACCACAACUGCAGCAGUAAACCCUGUUUCAAAUGAAGAAGCUGCACAAGAUCCGGACGACUUGCUUGAUGACUCUUUCAUGUUUAGUGAUGAAAUACAAGAAGAAGACCUCAUUAAUAUGAAUGCAAAAUCAAACUCCGGUUCUACCGAAGAACCAAGAACUACAUCACCGCUGACAUUCGUUACAGCAAAAGCAGCGGAAUCUUUGCAGAACAAAAGUCCAAUCUCAUCGGAUGCCAUAUUCGAUCCAAAAUUUCAGGCUCAGUCAAUAAGACACACGGUAGAUCAAUCAGUAUCCAUACCCGUACGGGCAACUGUCCUGAAAGAAAAAGGAAUCGAUACGAAUAAAUCGAAAAUAUACUCUAGCUUUGCCCCAAAGGGAAAAGAACUAUCUACGAAUACAACAAAUGAAGCGCAGGCUGCCACUUCUCAAUCGUCAACAGAAACUAACAAGACUACACCAACAAGAUAUCCUGCUCAGCUAGCACCAAAUACAGCAUCAAAUGCGAGACCGGCAGCACAACGUACACAAUUAGGCAGACCACGUAUGCUCCAGCAGCCGAACAUCAGGAAAAACAUUUCAUAG